AUGAUUACGCUGUCAUUUGAGGUUACAUGGGCCAAGUUCAACUCCAAGACACCAGCGCCUAAGGGGUGGCCAGUGCGAAUGAUGGCAUCGGCCGGCGUGGUCAGUCGAGUCUCAACAUCUUCACCUUCUUCUUUGGCUUCGAACUCUUCCCUUUCGAUUCGAUUACCAUGUGGUAGUCCUUACAAGAAUAGAUAUCCACCUCCUCCCAGUGCGAACCUGAGUAUAUAUGGGAUUCUAGGGGUCUGCAGAGUAUCUGCGGGGGUUCAGCUGAGCACGCCCUUUAGGGCAUUAAGAGCCCCAUGCGGCGCAGUAACCGUGCGUAUUAUGGUAAGCCAUUUGACUAAGUAG